AUGAAUGAAAAAGAAAAACCAUUAUCUAGUAAUACAAAACCAUUACCCAGUCCAUCAAUUUUUUUUAUGAAUCCUCCAAAAAAUUCAUCAUUAUCGAUACAACCUUUAAAUAUACAACACAUCAAUUCAAAUCCAAGUGGAACACAACAACUUCAGCAACAAAUAUUACCUCAAUAUCAAAUAGGGCAAAGCACAAAUUUCGUAAACGGUGCACAUUUUAAUGGUAGUAAACAUUAUCAAUCUUCUCAAACAGGUAUUAAUAGUACUAUCAAAUCACAAAAACCAAUAAUUUUGCAUUCAUUUGGUCAAAAAGUCAACAAUCAUUCUGAAAAUGUUUUUCAGACAAAUAUUAAUAACCAAAUUAACAAACAAACAGAUUGUUUUAUUCCUUUAAACUUUAAUCAACCAAAAAAUAAUUUAAUAGAAAAUUCCUCUUCAUCAAAUAUAAUUGAUAAUAAAAUAUUUUUUAAUUCUGUUUGUCAAAAAAUUAAUCCAAAAGAGGAGUAUAGAGAAUUAAAAAAAAAAUUUAAAUUUUUAGAAAAUGAAUGUUAUCAAGAAGAGUUAAGAAAUCUUCAAAAAAAAUUGUUAAAAUUAUCAAGAGAUAAAAAUUUUCUUCUUGAUCGUUUAAUGCAAUAUGAAAGAUGUUCAGAUUCUAGUGAUGAUUCUGACUCUUCUGUAAAAACAAUAGAAGAUAAAUCAACAAAAGUAAAGACGGUUAAAAAAUCAAAAAUCACAAGUUCAUCUAGAAAAAAAUCAUCUUUACAAGUUUCAAAUAAUUAUCAAAAUAUAAAAAAACCAAAUAAUAAAAAUUUUCUAUCUUCUAAUUCAACAAAAACUACACAAUUAAAAGCUAAAGUUGAAAUUAUGAAUUUAUCAAAUGAAACUUUACUAGAAAAUACUACAUUAAAUUCUAAUCAAAAUAUAUCAACAUUUCUGCAAAAUAAUAACAGAUAUAGUAAUAUAGGGGAAAUAGAAAAUUAUAAUUAUAAUGAUCAACAAUCACCAUUACAUUCCCCAUCAAUAAGAUUUUCUCAACGAAAAUACUCAUCAUCAGCUAUUAAUAAUACUACUGAUCAUAAUAUAGAACAUAUUAUACCAUAUAAUGAAACAUUUCCUAAUAAUUUUCAUCAAUUUGAUUUUCAAGAAGAAGAUUAUGUAAAUUCUAUUACAGGUAAUGAAAUUCAAUAUAUAAAAAACAAUAACAAUAUAUAA